AUGAAUUCCCUCCGCGGGAUCGUCUCGCGGGCGAGAGGCGUGCACACCGGACGCGCGCUGCUCAAGGAGGCCCCGCGGAAUCUGAAGGGUAAGAAGCACAGCUCGCAGCUGUGGCUGAUGCGGCAGAUGCGCGAUCCGUACGUGGAGAAGGCGAAGCAGGAGAACUACCGGUGCAGGAGCGCGUUCAAGCUCCUGGAGAUCAACGAGCGUCACAGGAUCCUCAGCCCGGGUCUGACCGUCGUGGACUGCGGCGCGGCGCCGGGCAGCUGGACGCAGGUCGCCGUCAACCUGACGAACGCGCACGGCAAGCGGGAGGGCCCGGUCGGCACGGUGUACGCCGUCGACCGGCUCCCCUUUUACCCCGUGGAGGGCGCGACCGUCCUGGGGAACAUGGACUUCACGAGCGCGAAGACGCAGGAGACGCUGAGCGAGUUGCUGCGGGGGGAGAAGGCCGACGUUGUCCUGUCCGACAUGGCCCCGAACGCGUCCGGCGUUCGCGACAUAGACCACGAUAAUAUAAUGCUGCUAGCGUACGCCGUCCUGAGAUUCGCCCUGCAGAUCGGCAGGGUGCACCGUGGCAGCGCGCUCGUGGUGAAGGUCUGGGACGGCGGUAAGACGCGACAGUUCGAGGAGAAUCUGUUAAAAUUUUACAACAGCGUCAGGGUGAUCAGGCCUGACGCGACGAGGGACGAGUCGACCGAGAAGUUCUUCCUGGCUCGGGGAUUCAAAGGUCUCAAGACGAGCUGACGAAGCUGAUUAAAUUAGUUUAUAUAGGUACAAUAUUUUGUGGGAUACGAGGGAUGUGUGCGGUGAGCGGGAGGAUUGAUACAAAUAAAAGAGCACGAUAAUUUGGUAUCAUA